UAUACAUGAGAGAAAGAAGGAGGGUGGGUCGGAGAGCGUGACUGUCAAAUCUACAUAUUCCCUUUCUCUCUCUCUAUUCUCUCUCUCGCUUCACACACACACACACACACACACACACUAUUUCUCUCUCAAAAUUCUGAAAUUCAGGCAAAAACGAGUCUGUUUCUCAAAUUGCUGUGUGUGUGUCUCUCUCUAUCAUCUCUACCUGCUUCUCUUGGCUCCGCAGAUUCGAUUCAAUCGCCGGUCUUUUCUAUUGUUCCCAAUCUCUGUCUGUCCCUUCUCCUCAAUCUUCUCUCUCAACCCCGCAAACAAUGUUCCCAGAUUUUCACGCAGCAGAAGCAGAAACAGCACUGGGUUUUUUCUGAUUUGAGUCCCCAGAAGAUUUUGACCCAAAAAUGGAGGGGGAUGCAUUUUCUGCUGGGCUUGGCAAUGGGACCACCCAAAUAGAUGGCAAAGUAAUGCAGACAUUUCAGAAGAGUUUUGUUCAAGUACAGAACAUUUUGGAUCAGAAUAGGCUGCUGAUCAAUGAGAUUAAUCAGAAUCAAGAGUCCAAGAUGCCUGACAAUUUAAGCAGGAAUGUGGGUCUAAUCAGAGAGCUCAACAACAAUAUCAAGAGGGUUGUUAAUCUUUAUUCCGAUCUUUCAUCUUCUUUUACCAAAUUCGUUGAUGGUUCAUCAGAAGGGGAUUCUAGUGGCGCCCUGAAAUCAGAUGGAAAAGCUGGUCACAAGAGGAACAGAGCUGGUUGAAGGCAACAAAAGCUCAAAGAAGGCUUCCUUCCUUUCCUUCCUCCUACCUAAUUCUUUGUUAGUUGAUAGAGUUGAGUAUUAUAUCAGGAAGAAGAAGAUGCACAAAAUUAGAGCAUGUUUAAGGAUCAAGGUUUGAUUGCAUUCCUUGUGAGUUUCUCUGUUAGCCGCAGAGAUUAUGGAAAUAAUGUCUCCAAAUCUUUUAGAUUGUAAGUAUUGUACCUGCAAAUCUAAUUGGAUCAAGUACUUUAAGAUCUGUACUCUGUACUGUACCAUCUGAUCUUCUGGUUAAUAUCAAUUGGCUUUCAAUGGUAGAUUAUUCAUUAAAAUAUAAGUAAAGUUUUGAUCUUUAUCUCUUCUACAAUGGACGAGGGACAGGCGAAAUAAUAAUUAUUAAGAAAGUGUGUUUUGUGUAAGGCCACUUUAUGAGCUGUUUUAACUUUUUCAGUUUGUCAAAAGGCUAUUGAUAGUUUGAUACCUGAUGGGAAGGAAUUGGGGGAGAUUUUCCUUAUCACCGUAUUAU